CUUCGCCUGUUGUCUUUACGACAUGGAAUCUCUUAUCUGUUCAAGACCCCACCAAGCGAAUCCCUUUCCAUCUUUCUGGAUGGCGUUUCUGUUCCAGCGUGUCCCGCAGUCCCUUCGCGUGCGGUGCGUAAGCCAUCUGCCAAGGAACACCUUGGCAACACCCGCACUUGACGAGGCAACGGGAAACAUGGAUGAAUUUGAUGCCAGCAAUGACAGCGUUUUCUUUUCAGUACGCAUGAGAAAAAGAAAAAUGACAUGUGUACGAUACCGGUACCUCACAGUUCUCCUUCUCUUCUGCGCGUUAUUUCUGACCUAUGCGAUGCGAGUCAACUUGAACGUGGCAAUCAUAGCCAUGGUCAACAACACGGCCAUAGCGCAGAAUGGCACAUCGCAAUUGGAGACUGGAUGUCCCGCCGAUCACAACGCCACUUCAAGUAACAGGACUUACAUCUUCGAACUGGACGGAGAGUUCGUCUGGGACGAAGUAACGCAAGGAUACGUACUAGAUGCUUUCUUCUAUGGAUAUACCAUAACCCAGCUCCCGGGAGGGUGGCUUGCGGAGAAUGUGAAUAACAAACUCCUGUUCGGAAUUGCCAUGCUACUUACUUCUUUGCUCACAAUCGCCACCGCUCCUGUGGUGCGGUGGAGCGUCUAUGCCUUUUAUGCGCUACGCGCCCUUGAAGGAUUAGCUCAGGGACUCAUCUACCCAUCGCUAUACGCACUGCUAGCCCGAUGGGCCCCAGUUCAGGAGAGAAACCUCCUGAUGACUCUCUGCAAUGUUGGUGCUCUGGUCGGAACUGUCGUGACCCUGCCUGUGUCAGCAGUGUUGUGCGAGAAUGGAUUUGAUGGUGGAUGGCCCUCAGUGUUCUACACUACAGGAAUGGCAGGAUGUAUCUGGUUUGUUUGCUGGAUUACACUCGCUUCUGAAGCACCAGAAAAGCAUCCGCAUAUCUCUGAAGAAGAAAAGGCUUACAUUAUGGAGAACAGAGGAGCGUUGUUUGCAUGCAACAGGUCUGUGCCGUGGCGUUCUAUUUUGACCUCCCCAUCGGUGUGGGUGUACACCAUUGCAAAAUUCAGCACUUCUUGGAGUUUCUAUACCCUUCUCAUAAACCUUCCAACGUAUUUGGAGAACAUCUUGCAUUUUCAGAUCAAGAACAACAGUUUCCUCAGUGCCUCGGUGAACAUUGGGCAGCUGUUCAUCGGUAUCAUAUUCUCGUACAUCGCAGACAGACUCACAGAAGGCAAAUCCGUCUCUGUAACAUGUGUUCGGAAGACGUACAUUUCAGUAUCUCUCUUGUUACAAGCGGCCUGUCUACUUGGCAUAACUUGGGCACGCUGUGAUGUCAUGUCUGUCUGCUCUCUCUUGCUCGUGUCGAGUGUUGUCAGCGGGACGGUGUAUGCUGCUGAUAUGGUUCUCCCUGUUGACCUUGCACCUGAGUUUGCAGGCAACGUCAUGGGACUUGCAAACAUGAUCUGCAACAUUUCUGGCAUAUUUACUCCAAUGGUUGUCGGGUACCUGACUGAGAAGAACCAAACUGUGGAUCGUUGGAACAUGGUAUUCUACAUAGCAUCUGGUAUCAACAUCAUUGGGAGUUUGAUCUUUGUCUUGUUCGGAUCGGCUGAGGUACAGCCUUGGGCGGUGUUGGAACCUCCUGAAGACACAGAAAUUCUAACGAAUGGUGACGCGAUACACAGUGAACAAGACGAUGGGACUGUCCACGUUUAUUAGGUCGUUUAGGUCCUCGACUGUGGUACGACUGGAUGCUGCACAGUGGUGGUAUUCCUCGUUAAGAACAUCCAUUAUCGAUCAUCGUAACAUUCUCAUAAUUUAACUUGACACCACCUAUGUCGGACGUUGUGGCCAUUGUCGAUAUAAUGACACGUGUGGGGACGUUGCCCUCAGACUUGAGAAGAACCUCGUAACGUAAUCCGAGGGGAAGGAGGAAGUGUGAAAUUUUGUUGAACGUGCAGAGAGUGCAUGAUGUUUCCCUUUUCUCUCUUUCUUUCUUUUUUUUUCAGUUGUGUUUACAGUGUGACACGAAAUAUGUGUUGCGUGAAGGACGAUCGAUGACCAUUUCGAAAACUAGUACAGUACAUGACUGUCAGAUUAAAGAGCAACUAACGUGGAAUAGUAUUCAUACGUUGCAUCGUGCGUCAUUUAUGAGGGAAAGAAAUGACAAUGUCCUUCUAAAGAAGUCCGCCAAUGCAGAAAGACCUCUGACGGGCCACGGAAUUUCGCGGCCCUUCGCUACGAGCCGCCUCCAACGAUCGCCCACGAUGAUUGGACAAAUCGCACACGAAGACCAAUGAGAUUGCGCUAUACGCAUUGUCUGCCUUCUUGAGAAGGAUUGGAAAAGCGUAAAUUGCAGCCUCUUACUCUCAUAAAUGACGAACGACGCGACGAAGGACUUCCGUUUCUCUUGCGUCAAAGUAACUCCCAUCUUUUAUAAUGCGAGGAGAGAAGGUGUUGCACGUUAUUGCCCCCCUCUAACACUGGUGCGCUUAUUUUUAACUGAUGAUGCACGUAAAAGUGUAGUUUUUCAUUUGGCUGUAAGACAAAAUGGUUCAGCCCA